GUGACACGCGGCUUUACGGCCUUCACUCUCAGACUAUAAAAGAGUGUGUGUCAGUGUGUCAGUGUGAGUGUGUGGUGUGAGUGUGUGUCAGCGUGAGAGUGUGAGUGUGUGUGUGAGUGUAUAAGAGAUAGUUUGGUAAAAAUGAGCAGGAGAACAGCUCAGAAUGGCCAUACUAAAACAGAUGGGGGUGUCCAGGCUGCAUGUGGCCCCCCAGGUAAAGUGGCCCUGAAGAAAAAGGUCACCCUGCUAAGAGGAAUCUCCAUCAUCAUCGGCACCAUCAUUGGAGCGGGAAUUUUCAUCUCUCCGAAGGGCAUCCUGAAAAAUUCCGGAAGCGUGGGAAUGUCCCUGGUGGUGUGGGUGGCCUGUGGGGUCCUGUCUUUAUUCGGUGCCUUGUCCUAUGCUGAGCUAGGGACCUGCAUUAAGAAGUCAGGUGGGCACUACACCUACAUUAUGGAGGCCUUCGGUCCCCAGGUGGCAUUCGUCCAGCUGUGGGCGGACAUCAUCGCUAUACGACCUGCAGGAGUGGCUGUGAUCUCUCUGGCGUUUGCCCGCUAUAUCCUGGAGCCGAUCUUUAUGCCAUGCGGAGUUCCUGAGAUCGCCAUCAAGGUGACCACAGCCAUCGGGAUCACUACAGUGAUGUACAUUAACAGUAUGAGUGUGAGCUGGACCGCCAGGCUGCAGAUCUUCCUCACCUUCAGUAAACUGCUGGCCAUCGCCAUCAUCAUCGUCCCUGGACUGUACCAGCUCUUUAAAGGAGAAACCAAAAACUUCCAGAACGCUUUUCAAGUAGACUCAGUCCAGGUGACCGGACUGCCCCUCGCCUUCUACUCAGGGAUGUACGCCUAUGCUGGCUGGUUUUACUUGAACUUUGUGACGGAGGAGGUGGAGAAUCCUGAGAGGAACGUUCCAUUGGCUAUCUGCAUCUCGAUGGUGAUUGUGACCGUGUGCUACACACUGACCAACGUGGCGUACUACACGGUGAUGUCGGCUGCAGAUCUGUUGGCCUCCGAUGCUGUAGCUGUGACUUUUGCAGAGAAGCUGAUGGGGAAUUUCUCAAUGGCAGUUCCCCUAUUUGUAGCUAUGUCCUGCUUUGGCUCUAUGAAUGGAUGUCUAUUUGCCAUCUCCAGGAUGUUCUUCGUAGCGUCUCGAGAAGGACAGCUUCCUGAGGUUCUGUCAAUGAUCCACGUCCGCCGGCACACACCCAUCGCCGCUGUGAUUGUUCUGUAUCCCAUCACUCUGCUCAACCUGUUUCUGGGGGAUAUCUACAGCCUGCUGAACUUCAUGAGCUUUCUCCGCUGGCUCUUCAUCGGUGUGGCCGUGCUGGGACUCAUCUACCUGCGCUACACUCGCCCUGACAUGCCCCGCCCCUUCAAGGUGCCGAUCUUCAUCCCAGCAGUUUUCUCUUUCACAAGCUUCUUCAUGGUCUUCCUCUCACUGUACUCUGACCCGGUGAACACCGGCAUCGGAUUCGCCAUCUUGCUCACGGGGAUCCCCGCCUACUACAUUCUAAUUGUCUUCAACAAAAGACCCAAGUGGUUCCAGAAAUUCUCAGACUCAGUGAACAGAUCACUGCAGAUCAUCCUGGAGGUUGUUCCUGCUGAGAACUGACCCUACCUGACCCUCCUCAUCCCUCGCUCCCUCUUUCAUUCCUGCCUCUUUUAUACAACAUGCUCCCUUCAUCCCUCUCUCAUUUUCAUUCCUCUUUUAUGUUUUAUAGAACACACUCCCCUGAGCGACCUCCUCUCUCGCUCCCUCGCUCCGACAGAGAGAGAGAGAGACCUUUCAAUACUCAUCCAGGAAACACUCAUAAACACACACACACACACACACACACACACACACAUACAUAGACACUCAUCUGCGGGAUCUGUUUUACAUUUACAGUCUCCUUAUUAUUACAUUUGCUGCUCAAAUUAUUUUGUUUAUUCAUUAUUAUAUAUUUCUGAUGAAAAUACAGUUCAAGACCAGACAUUGCUGGUAACCAGUUUCAAAUGGUCUAAGCUGGUCUUUAAUGGCCAAACUGGUUGAAUAGCUGGUCAUCCAGGUGAAAACACCCUAUACUGUUUUUUUUUUGGGCAUGUGAUUUUAGUUAUACUGUUUGCCCAUGUGAUCAUUGUGGUUGUGUUGAUUGAUCGGUCAUUCUCAUCAACCAACCUGCUCUUAUUGGCCAUGAUGGUCAACCAUUCUGGGUUUGUAGGUCAUGCUGGUCUUUCUGGUUGAACAGGUUGACAAUGUUGGUCUUGAUGGUCCAUCUGCUUGUUCUUAUUGGUCUAACUGGUUGACCAAUUUUGACAUAUUUGAUAAUGGUGGUCAUGCUGGUCAUGAUUGCUAGCCAGAAUAGUCCAGCAUAUCAUGAAGCACAACAACAGCUUGGUCUUGCUGGUCAACCAACCUGAUCUUGUUGGUCAUGCUGGUCUACUAACUUAGUCUUAUUGGUCAUACUAGUCUAUUUUCUUAUUGGUCAUAAUGCCCAACCAACUUGGCCUUAUUGAUCUUGUUGGUCAACCAACUUAGUUUUAUUGAUCAUGCUGGUCAACUAGCUUAGCCUUAUUGGUUGUGUUGGUCAACCAAUGUGGUCUUAUUGGUCAUGCUAGUCAUGAUGGCCAGCCAAAAUGGUCCAGCUGAUCAUACAGGUCAGCCUGCUUGAUCUUGUUGGUCAACCAAUCUAAUCUUAUUGGUCAUGCUGGUCUUUUUUAAUGAUCUUUUUGGUCAUGCUGGUCAACCAACUUGGUCUUAACGGUCAUGUCGGUAGACCACCUUGAUAUUGGUCUACUAGCACAGUCAAGCAUGGUCAUAUUGAUGGCCUAAUGUGGUCAGGUUGAUCAUGCUUAUAGAUCAGCAUGCAACAAACUAAAAAAAAAAAAAAAAAAAAAAAACCCUAUGCUGUUCAAGAACCAAACUGGUCAACGGCUUGACCUGUUUAAUGUGUGUACUUUGUGGAGGUGGUCCACAGUGGAGCUCCUGCUAUAAUGCAGAGUUUGGUUCCAAAACAAAAUUGAACAUAUUUGAUUCAGUUACAUAUUCACACAAAUACACUUGAAAACUAUUUCCUUAUUAUACAAACUACUGGUCAAAGGUUUUAGAACACCCCUAUCUUUUAGUUAGGGGAGCAAGAUGUUUUCCUUUACCAGUUUUCUCCAGUUUCCAAAAUAUUUUUGAAGGUUUAGGAAACAGUAUUCACUGCAUUCUGGCUAUAUUUGUAAUUUCUCUAAGUUAAAGACUUGUGUAAGUGUGUAAAUGCUGCAGUAGAGAGUGCAGUAACACCAUCUGUCCCAAUACUGCUUUAAUAUGACCAAAGGCUAUGAAAAUUGUGCAUUUUGUUGCAUCUAUUUCUCAAAGCUCAGUUUAUUUCCAUUGCUCAGUUAAAGCUGAUUUAAUUUGUUUAGUUUUUCAUUGUUUUUUGCUUAAAGGCUCAGGCAGUAUAGUUCUAACUUUUGUACCAUUUAAGUUCCCUGCCUUUUAAACCGUUUCAGGUUAAUCACUGGACCUGAAGAGCUCCAAUGGCAAAAAUUAAAAAAAUAUAUAUACAACUGGGGGUGUUCUCAAACUUUUGACCAGUAUUUUAUUUCUACAUUAAUGAAAACCCAUCUGCCGUUUUUAUUUAUUUAAAAAAGAUUGGAUGUGGUGGUGAUUUAUGAGGAUAUGAUGUUGAACUAAAGCAAACAGUAUCUGUAUUUUAGUAAACUUAUAGAAGUGAAGCAGUGCAGUCGCCACGGGGCUGCCGAAACUGAAUUACUGAACUCGAGCCAUGCAGAGGUUAAACAGCGGGGGUCCGAGAGCUUGUGGUCUCGUUCUUAUCUCCAGAACAGCAGGGGGCGCAGUGCUACAGAAGUUUAUCUUCUUUAACUUUCAUAGACAGACUUUAGGGGAAUAUUUUUACCAGACUUUUUACAAGAUUUUUUUUUUCUUUUUUUUUUUGAUCAAACAUAUGGAUGUUUAUGGUCGACAGAAACUUUAUGCCAGAGAGUUGAAAUUUGAGUUGGGACUGAACUCUACAGAGAGGCAGAGCUUCACUCAUCACUGCUGGACAAUUUGUAUUUUCAUAUCAUAUUUAUUUUUCUAUUUUUUUUUAUUUUUGACCUAAGCCAACAUGACCAGAACCAACAUUUAAAUGAUACACAAUCAAAUGCCAAACUUACUUAUAUCUCAGAACUUCCUAUGGAUCCUGUGUUAAUAAUGCAUCAUACAUCAUGCAUAAUGCAUUGCAAUGAUUUUAUAAACUUGUAAAAGAAACAUACUGAACAUAGCACUUUGCACAACGUUGUAAAGUUAACGUUUUAACACCUCAUUUAUGAAGAAAAGACAAUCAAACUGUCUCUGAUAUGUUACAGAACAACACAUUUGCAUGUGAAAUUUGCAUAUCACUCAUUGGAUGGACAAAGGGUAGAGCCUAUCUUCUUCUGCUAGCUUUUAGGUGGAGUGAAAACAGGUAAUGAGAUUUUCAUAAGGGUUCUUUGGAUUGAAAUAUAAUACAUUUUCGGUUCCUUAAAGAACCUUCUAAACUAUAUUCUUCAAUGGAUUAGAUUAUCAGCCUAAUCUGUAGCGUACAAUUACUUCUAGUUCUAUAUUUAGGAACAUGUUCCACCUCUGACCUUCUAGCAGAUGUUCUGCGUCGUGUACUGUAGCCUUUUUAUGGCAUUGUUGUGUUUAUUUUUUUCAUACCUCUUAAAUCAGUUCCAUACGAGGGCUUUUCACACUAAGAUCAACCGUAGAUCGGGUUGAAAUUUGCACAUAAUGCAUCUCUUUUGAUAAAUGUUAUAUAAAAAGUCUUCUCGCAGGUCUAAUCGCAGUGAAUAACGCUGCAUAAAAACGACAGCGAGGCGUUACGUACUUCACAGCUAUGUCUGUAUCACAUCAACUACUCAAAAAAGAGUCUGAAUAGAGUUGCAACUGUAGCGAUUAUUCUUCUGGAAUGUGUGAUAUCAUUCUGAAUUCUGAAAGUGCAGAACACGUUAAAAAAAAAAAAAAACGAGUGAAGGAAGGUUCUAUACAAAUGUUUUUAAUGUCUACUAUACUACUUACUGUUUUGUAUGCAGUAAAAUACAUGUUGUGACAAUUCCCAAAUGUAAGCCGGAGCUUUUUUGUACAGUGUAUUUGUUUUUAUAUAGGUGUAUCUGUUGCUGAGUUAGAUGUACUGUAUGAAGUAUUUUUUUUUUCUUUUUUGUUCUGUAUAGUGACGAAGCAGUACUGACAUUAUUAACACUUUAUGCUGCUUUUUCUAGAGUUUUAUUGAGUUUUAUAGGGUUUUAAAGAGUUUGUAGAAUAGAUCUCAGUACAACACUGUGCGUUCCUAGAAUAAUAUUUUUUAUUUGUGUCUUUAUGUUUGAGUCUUUAUGUUUAUGUAAGAUUUUGUAAUCUUAAUCCAUUUUCUCAUAUCUUAUAGAAGUAAUAUGAUUAUAUACAGUGUUUCCUGGUAUUGGUAUGGCAUUGUUGGUAGAGUAGUGAGCACAGUGGUUCGAUUCCAGACCAAUGCAGUAGUGACUCACUGAUUAGAGCACUGGUUUAUGUAGGUUCAAUAGCCAGGAUCAGCAAAAUUGCAAUUUUUAUGGAUCCUUGAGUAAUGCUGCGUUCCAUUAACCUCAGAUGUCAGGGCUUUAAAUGAUGUCACACCCUUGUUGACUGCAUUUUAGAUAUCAGCUACCAUUGAUAGCAUUGUCCCAGGUUAGCUUUACCAGCAAUACCAAUUGAUAAGAUGCAGUAUUUGAGAUAUUUUGCAGAUCUAAACAUAAUAGAAACAUGUCCACAUAGAUAGGUUGCAUAGAGUACUGUGUGGAGGACUGAUUUAAUGAGACAUUAAUAGAUAAAAGAGAUAACAAGCAAAUUGUGGGACAGAUCCAGUUAAAAUUUUAGGUAACACUUGUAGAUGCUCAAGUUGCAUUCAACUACCGUAUUUUUCAGACUAUAAGAAGCAUCUAAAAUCCUUUAAUUUUCCCAAAAAUCCUUAUAAUCUGGUGCACCUUAUGUAUGAAUUCUACCAGUCAGGUAUUUAGGAGCAGUAAAUCCACUCCGCUGAGGUACAGCAUUAUAAGGGUGAGUUUUCAAUCAAGUUUCUCCAGCACUAAAGCUGGAUGCACUAGCAUUAGCACUAGUCACUAACCACACUAUAUUGGACUGUAGUUUGAGGGUUUGCAGCAUUUAAAACAAGCUACUUGGGACGAAUGGCUACCUGAUCACGCCCUGGGUUGCCAGAACACUCAGGGUUCCUCAGUCUAGCACUAUCGAGUGGCAUUUUUGCCCUGAUAGCACUGAGGUUAGCGGCUAAUGCUAAUGAUAAUGCUGCUGCACCCAGCCUUAAUGCUGGAGAAACUUUCUGAAACACUAGUCCUUAGAAAAAAUAUUGGAAAUCUAAGCUUCCUGUAAAUAAAUGGAAGCGCUUUACUCAACCAAAUAAACAUUUUCCAGGAGAGAAAUAUAUAUAUAUAUAUAUAUAUAUAU